CGGCCGGGCAGCGCGGAGGGCCGCGGGCCGUGGGGUGAAGCGCGGCGGAGCGCGGGCGCAUGCGCUCUGCGCACCCGCCGUUGCCUCUGGCUUUGCUGCUGCUGCCGCCGCCGCCGCCGCGGGGCCGCCGGGGCGUCGCAACUGUCCCGGCGCGGGGCCGCGGGGCCGCGCUGCGCUCCGGGGGGAGGCUCGGCCGCAACGGGAGGGCGGCCGGCGGAAAGAGGCGGGACUCGGCGCAGAUUACAAUGAGUUCACCAAAUAAAGCACUAGAACUACAGCUGCAAAUGAAGCAAAAUGCUGAAGAGCUGCAGGAUUUUAUGAGAGAAUUGGAGAGCUGGGAAAAAGAUAUUAAAGAAGUGGAUUCUGAACUAAGGAAGCAGAGUGGUGUCCCAGAAGAGAAUUUGCCACCAAUUAGAAACAAGGCUUUCAAGAAAAAGAAGAAAAGCAAAAGUAAAGUCCCUUCAAAGAUAACCACUGAGGAAAAUAAGAAAAACAAGAUCAAGUCUUAUGAUUAUGAAGCAUGGGGAAAACUUGAUGUGGAUAAAAUACUUGAAGAACUUGAUAAAGAAGAUAGUACUCAUGAUUCUGCAUCUCCAGAAUCAGACUCUGAAGAAGAUGGAAUCCAUAUAGAUGCAGAAAAGGCUCUUGCAGAGAAGGAAAAGGGUAAUAACUACUUUAAACAAGGGAACUUUGAUGAAGCUAUAAAAUGCUACACCAGAGGGAUGCAUUCUGAUCCAUACAAUCCAGUAUUGCCCACAAACAGAGCAUCGGCUUUUUAUAGAAUGAAAAAGUUUUCUGUUGCAGAAUCUGACUGCAAUUUAGCACUUGCUUUAGAUAAAAAUUACACAAAGGCUUAUGCCAGAAGAGGGGCUGCUCGCCUUGCUUUGAAAAAUCUUCAGGGUGCUAAAGAAGAUUAUGAAAAAGUUUUAGAGCUGGAUGCAAACAACUUUGAAGCAAAAAAUGAACUGAAGAAGAUUGAUCAGGCUUUGUCACCAAAAGAAAGUUCAGAACAGAAAGAGUUUGGAGAUGCAGUCCAACCAGAACUAGCAGACAAAGAGAAGUGCAUUGAAGACCAACAGCUCAAGCAGAAGGCUAUUACAGAAAAAGAUCUGGGUAAUGGUUAUUUCAAAGAAGGAAAGUACGAAGCUGCGAUAGAAUGUUAUACCCGUGGUAUAGCAGCAGAUGGCACCAAUGCACUUCUGCCAGCUAACAGAGCCAUGGCCUAUCUAAAGAUUGAGAAAUAUCAAGAGGCAGAGAAUGACUGUACACAAGCUCUGCUCUUGGAUGCUUCCUAUUCUAAAGCCUUUGCCAGAAGAGGAGCUGCCAGAGUUGCUCUUGGAAAGCUAAAAGAAGCUAUGCAAGAUUUUGAAGCUGUUCUGAAGUUGGAACCUGGAAAUAAACAAGCAAUAAAUGAACUCACUAAAAUAAGGAAUGAAUUAGCUGAGAAAGAACAGAAGAGUCAUCAAGAAUAUCCUGCAGUAUUGAUAAAAGAAACGGAAAUAAAAAAUAUAGUGAAGCUGAUUGAUAAUCCAUUACAUGUGAAAUCAACAAAACCUUUGCGAAGAAUAGCCAUUGAAGAAAUUGAUGAUGACACACCGAAUAGCGAUUUGCCCAGCACUACUUCUUUAGUCAAUAACUGGAGGAAUUCAGUGAGUGUCGGAACAACAGAGAAUCUAGAUCAGGACGAUCAGUUGACUACAAUGGACAUUCCAAAAGCAAAGCACUUGAAAAUAGAAGAAAUCAGUGAUAUGUCACCAUUACAGCUUCCUGCUAGUGCAAAAAGAAUUUCAUCAACGUUGCAUCCAUCUUUCCCUGUGAACAAAGAAAGAGAAGAAGACAUGAAAAGGUCAUUUGGAUCUGCUCCUUCAGUCCCUGCCAUUCCUGCAAAUUCUUUCCAGCUUGAGUCUGACUUCAGGAAGUUGAAAGACUGCCCAGAAAAUAUGUAUUUGUACCUGAAGCAAAUAGAGCCUUCCUUUUAUCCGAAACUGUUCCAGAAAUCCUUAGAUCCAGACUUGUUUAACCAGAUACUGAAAAUUCUACAUGAUUUCUACAUUGAGAAAGAGGAGCCAUCGCUCAUCCUUGAAAUCCUCCAGAGGCUAUCUGAAUUAAAAAGAUUUGAUAUGGCAGUAAUGUUUAUGUCAGGCUCAGAGAAAAAAGUUACACAAGUGUUGUUCAAUCAUUUGAACCAUAUGGGAUUGAAAGAUACUUCUGUGGAAGAGUUGGAGAAGAAAUACGGCAUUUUCUCUUAGUGAGAUGACUGAUGUGUAAAUUUCUGUUUCUGCACUUCUUUCAUAUGGAAAUCAUCUGAAGAAGCCUAUAAAGACUGGAAUUUUGCUGCUUUUUUAUAAGUAAUGAAACUCUUGGUUUAGCCAAAUGGCAAGUGCCUGAAGAAAUAAUUGUCUAGUUCUGCAGGUACAUUUGCUUUCCAGCACCCGAAACAGGUCUACACUGUCUUCAGUAGAAUCUGUUUGCCUAAAAAAAUAAUUGGGCAGAUUGGCAUUCAGGAUUUGGACUGUAGAGAGAGAUCUUUAUUAAAAGGAAAAAAAUAUUUAUAAAUAUGUCUUUGGUAAGAAUCAAAUGGUGUAUAUUAGAAAUGUGCAUGUUUUUUAUUUUAGAAAAUAAACUGAACAUUGAAUUGAAGAUAAUUAAAAAAAAUCCUUUAAAACUUA